CGGGUGACUCUCCAAGAUCUAAAGGACCUCAAUGUCUUGCGACUCUGUAAAGGUUUUUUGCUAAGGGAGCUAAAGUCAUUUGAGUCCCUAUUUUAGAAUCCUAGAAGCCUGUCCAUUCUCUCCUAUUAAAGACCUCAACCAAUUGGUUUAUUUAUUAUUUUAUUUUCUUUCCCGCGUACCACGCCAACAAUACAAUCAUUCAGGGAUUGGGAUGUAAAGAGCUCGGACCGAACUCUGGCAGAGGUCCCGACGCCUCCACUGAAAUCGUCCCCCAGAUCUCACCGCUCGGCGGCCCCAAAUAAAUCGACCUAAGCCAAUGACGUUUUCCGCGCGCCAAGCCCUCUCACAAACUUAUCACAUCGGCUGAACCAGCCAUACUACGAACGUAAAACAAUAAAACCAUUCUACCUUUGCGCCCUCACUUCUACUAGUCUUCAUUCCAAAAGAACCAGGCCCUUGUGACUGGCAUACCACAAAAUGGCGUCUCCCGCCAAAGAAUCGCCAAUCACGUAUUCGCAGCUAGCCGACCUCGAGAAGGAGUUUGACGAUGUCGACAGGGAAAUAAUUCGCUACCAGGCCGAGCUGACGCGGCCGCUGUACGAGAAGCGCCAGAAGUUCGUUGACCAGAUACCAAACUUUUGGGCGCUGGUGCUCGAGCAGGCGCCGCCCGAAAUUGACGGGCACAUCCACCCUUCAGACUCGCAGGUGCUGCUCACUUCGCUCACCUCGCUGUGGGUUUCGCGCUUCGAGAUUGAGAACGGCGGGACAGGCAACCCGCGCAGCGUGGCCAUCCGCUUCGAGUUCGCCCCCAACGCCUACUUCGAGGACACGGUCCUCGAGAAGAAGUUCUGGUACCGCCGCAGCAAGGGCGGCUGGGGGGGACUUGUCAGUGAGCCCGUUGACAUCAAGUGGAAGCCUGGCAAGGACCUGACGGGCGGUCUUCUGAGUAUGGUCAAGGCGGUCUGGGACGAAGAGCAGGCAGCCGCCGAAGGGUCUAAUGGGGCCGCCAAGAAGGGGAGCGGGGAGCUCACGCCCAAGCAAAAGGUUCUCAAGAACAAGAUUGAGAAUACCGGGGUGGGAGGACAAAGCUUCUUUGCGUGGUUCGGCUACCGCGGAAGGGCUGUCUCGGCCGAGGAGAGCAGAAUAACAGUGGAGGAGGAGAAGCAGCAGCGACAGCUCAGGGCGACCAGCAGCAGCUCGGCUGACCAGCAAAUGAAAGAGACGGCGGAGGACGAGGAUGAUGACGACGAAGAUGACCUCGAAAUCUUCCCAGACGGCGAGAUGCUCGCGCUGGCCAUAUCGGACGACCUGUGGCCGGGGGCCCUUUGGUUCUUCAAGGAAGAAGGGGACGGCCAAAGCGAGGACGAUUUUGAGUCGGAGGAAGAGGGCGACGACGAGGGCGAUGACGAUGCACCGCAAGACGGCAGCCCCGGUGCGAGGCCGGCCAAGAAGAGAAAGGCAUGAUAGGUGCGGGCGGGCCGUUGCAUCUCAUUCAAGUAUCGCAGAUGAUGUUUAGUCGCGACUCUUAUGUCCGGCACAUUUUUUACGCAUCGCCAUUCACAUAAGCCGGAUAUCCUAUAUAGCUCGACUGAUAUAUAAAACGGGGGUUUCUCAAACCCCGACACAUAUUUGACCUAGAUCUAGCGUCGUUAUCAUCUCGCAUGUUUUCAGUGGCAAGGGGCCUUUUGGAGGCCGGAUCCCCACCACAGCAGACGGCGAACGGGACACUGAUACGUAGCGAGGUUGACACCGCGGGAGCGUCCUAAGGGAUUUA